ACCCCUGCCUCACAUCCUCCCAACUUCCUUCCUCAUCAAAACCAGUACGUAUUCUAUUCAAUUCAAUUCAGCCCCGCCGAUAUCAAACAUUAGAUGACGUCGUUCUUGAAAAACACACGGAAGGGGAAAAAAAAAAGAUGUAAAGAACCAGAGAUGUUGGAAAAAGAUAUCGCCGCGACACCUUCACGGCCCACCUCCGGCUUUCCGUUCUUCAGAGCCGUCGUUGCUCUCUUUCGGCCCUUUUCUCCCCUCAACCUCCAGACGUCUCCAGAGUCUCCAGCAAAGCCCCCAAUAUUCUCCCGAAAUCUCCAUUCUUUUGCCCUUUCUGCUGCGUGCGCAGCGUGUCACGGUCUCUCUCUUCUUUCCCCAGUUCCAGAAAACUCAGAGUCUCUUGCCCUAUUCUACAGGUCUAACCGGUCUGUCGGUCGCCGUCCGAGGGAGAGCCGACGCCGAUUCUCCCCAUCCUCCAUCCCACCCACCCGAACCACGCAACCCACGCCAUCUUCCCCUCGGGGCUCCCAGAUCUCAGGUGUUCUUUUCUCUCUUCAAUGGAUCACUCGGGGCCCCUUCCGGGGAACGAGAUGUGAAUCAAAGGGACCUCACACCGUCCCCAUUGUUUCGGCCUCCGCCACGACGCCGCCGCCGACAACGGCCAACCACAUCACUAUCGCGAUCCGUCUUCCCCCCGCACACCUUUCCAAGUCUCGACUAUUCUUUGGUCUCUCCGUUCUCGUAAGGGGAGUCGUAAGAGGAGGUCAUGAGGCUCCCAUGGGGUUCGGUGAUGCCUAAGAAAAAAAGUAUCGUGCCUCGGCUUAUUCGUCUCCACAGUUAUUUUCGUCAGUCACGCACUACCAGAACCACCACGGACCAUAUUCCCCAGCACUGUUAACCUCGCGACAUAUCGACGAUGCCCAAUCUCCACUGUUAUCACGCGUCACUUCUAUCCAGAGAACAACCAGCUUUCCAGCCUAUACGAGAGGAAAAAAGGAUUGGGUCUCGAUUAGGAAUCAAAACUCGACAAU